AUGUCAAAUCAGCGGAAUUAUCGGUUUCAGCCCAGUCGCGAAUUUCACGUCGUGGUGCUUGGAGCAGGUGGCGUUGGCAAAAGUUGUUUGACUGCACAAUUUGUCCACAAUGAGUGGAUCGAAAGUUAUGACCCGACUAUCGAGGAUUCGUACCGGACACAGAUCCAAGUUGAUGGCCGUCAGGUGGUGCUUGAGAUCCUCGAUACCGCCGGCACGGAGCAGUUUGUCGCGAUGAGAGACUUGUACAUGAAGACAGGGCAGGGAUUUUUGCUUGUUUUUAGCAUCACCUCCGCUUCCUCUCUCGAUGAAAUGUGCUCUCUACGAGACGAGAUUAUUCGUAUCAAGGAUGACGCCAACGUGCCAAUCGUCAUUGUCGGAAACAAGGCUGACUUGGAGGAGUCUCGCGCCGUGCCACGUGCCAAAGGCUUUUCCAUCUCACAGCGCUGGGAAGCCCCUUAUUACGAGGCCAGUGCGCGAACAAAGACCAACGUGGAGGAGGUUUUCAUUGACCUCUGCCGCCAGAUGCUCCGCAAGGAUGACGAUGCUGGAAUUACAGAUGAUCAUCAUCAUGAUGACAGUUACGACAACAGAGGAGGUUCAUCAAGACGCCGCCGUAGAAGGCGUUUCAGAGACCACACCCACCAGCGAUGUUCCAUUCUCUGA